AUGGGCGGGGCGGUGGCUGGGUGCAGGGCCGUGCCCGCGUCGCAUUCGCGACGCGGUCACGUGGCGCCCGCGUGCGCGCUGCCCUUUCUCGUCGUCGUCAUGUGCUUUACCUGUGCUAUACCGUGCUAUACCGUGCUAUAUCGUGCUACACCGCGCUGCCUGCCGCCUGCCGCCUACGCCAGCGCCCCCGCAAACACCAGCACCGCCACCGCCGCGCUCAGCUUCCACGGCCCGCGCCCGGCCGCCGCGUUCUGCGCCGUGUCCAUCUGGCCCUUGCUGGCCGCCACUGUCGUGGCGGACGGCGCGACCGAGGUCGCGCCCGACGAAGCUGCACCGCCGGAGCCUGCAGCGCUGGAACCUGCAGCGCUCGGCGUGCCCGCGUCCGCCGUCGAGCUCGACAGCGUCGUCGUUGUGCGCGGGGAGUACUCGAAUGAGCUCGAGUACGCAGUCGUCGUCAGCAUCUGCGACGACGCCAGCGAAAGCACCGUGGCCGAGCUUUGCCCGCCUGCAAACGCAUACGAUACCGAGGCCGUGUCCCAGUCCGAGCUGUCGAUCUGGAUCGAGGAUUCCAUCGUGAGACCAAAGCGCAAGAGAGUGUUUUGUUUUUAUUGGCACGCCGCCGUGUCGAUCGCAACUGGGUCUCUGCGUGCUCCUUCCUCCAGUCUGCCUCCGUUAUAUACGCUGUGGCUGUUACACCAUUUACCGUUUCAUCGCCCACAUACCGACCCUGUUACACACCGGCCAACGCUCCGGUAUGCCGCGCGUUUGACGUCGCGGCAGCCGCUACGUCAUGCGUGCGACGGAUGUGCCGCCAAACGGUUUCAGCCUGAAAAAUAA